UUAGCUGGCCAGCCCUUCUUCUUAGAAAUCCCCUCUUGGUUCCCAGGAUUGAGGGUAGAGGAAAGAUGAAGGGGCUAUUGCAGGCCAGCCUCCCUCCAGCUCUUCCUCUAACCUGGGUGUUGGACGUAGGAAAAUGGUGGAUUGGGGGAGGGGAGUCAGUGCUUGCUAAGCCAGGAGGUUGAAUCUCAGAGACCUGAGAUGUGGAAUGGGAGUCCUGGGCCUCCUCCUAAGGAAUGUUGCUGUUCAGCUCUGCUUGUCCUAAGGGAGGGAAUGAUUCCCAGAUGGUGGACUGGCAGGCACUGUGAUGGUCUGGGAGGCCACCCCAGGCUCUCAUGGCUGUCCUGAGGGUCCCAGGGAGCCUUCUUCCCCACCAGCCUGCACUAGAAGCACUAGUGAGGAUGAAGGACUCACCCUGGCCCCAACCGUGACUAUCACUUCUGAAUCCUGGCCCCAUGGUUGAUGACGCAAAUGCCACCAAUGAGAUGACAGUGCAAGCCCUCUCUCUGGAGUAACAGUGCAGAUUGCAGACUACUUAGGUUCUCAGAGCUGAAGCCAAGAAAACAGAAAAGGGGAAAAGCCGCUGAGAAGGAAAGAGAGAGGGCAGGGUCAGGUCUUGCUAGAAAGAGGGGGGCAGAGGGGAUCCACAGAGUGAGACAUGGAGGGGAUUUCUGGACAGAGAAAAAAAAGCUCCUAGCCAUAAAUAGGAAGCAGCCACUGGCUCACACAAGCUCACCAGCUCACACUCCUAGGCUCACACUCCUCACACCCUGCAAGGAUACCCGUGCACUUCCCAUUGCUCCCCUGCAUGCCCAGCCAGCCGCUGCCUCACACCGACUGCUGUGCACGCCCAGAGCCGCUCGCUCACACUCACUGCCAGUCUGCCUCUGUCGCCUCCAUGGCACCCCGUAUGAUCCCACUACUAGCCCUCAGCCUGCUGGCUCUUUGGACUUCCCCAGCCCCAGCUCUCGGUGGUGCCAACGAUGCUGAAGACUGCUGCCUGUCUGUGACCCAGCGCCCCAUCCCCGGGAACAUUGUGAGAGCCUUUCGAUACCUCCUCAUCAAAGAUGGCUGCAGGGUGCCUGCUGUUGUGUUCACCACGAUGAGAGGCUACCAGCUCUGUGCACCCCCAGACCAGCCCUGGGUGGACCGCAUCAUCCGGAGACUGACGAAGACCUUGGCCAAGAGCAAGCGCCACAGCAGUUAGCCCGUGACAGCGCCAAAGGGAGCCCUGUGUCUGAGUGGAGGCAUGUGAACCGCCCUGGCCUGGGGAACUGAGGACCAGAAUGGAGGCCCAGGCCUCCAGCUCCUCUGCAUCAGACCUGGCCCAGCCAGGGAAGGGCCUGGAGUGUCAAUGUGAGUGUGAGUGUGAGCAAGAGGGUGAGUGUGGUGAGAGCACCGCUUUUCCACAUCCGGACUGCAAUGUUUCUAAUAAAGCCACCUGGCACCCACAGAUCUA